AGUCCGGACCGGGACAUAAUGAUGGCGUCGUACAUCCAGAGGACGUCCCUGUCCUCCGAGGGACUGAGACACGGAGACGUGUCCCUGAGGCUCAGGAACGUGACACUGGAGGACAACGGCAAGUUCAGAUGUUUCAUCCCGAACCUGAAGAUCGACGCAGAGGUUCUGCUGCUCGUCGACCCAAACUUUGUCAGCACCACACCAUCAGAACCACCAGAGAACAGAAAUC